GCAACAGCAUUCGCCGUGGUGUUGUCCCUGUUCGCCGCGAGUCGCCGUUUUUUGUUGUACCACAAGUAAAUUCGUCUUGGCCCCGAUUUGGACGUCCAGCUCCAGCUCCAUAAAGCCAACUAAGUGUACACAAUAAAGAAGCGAGUGCAUCAAAGAGGAGAAAAAAAGGGAAAUCGAAACAAAGAAAAGUUAUUUGAAACGCAGCUCAGGCAGGCAGUUCAUUUACUGAAGGACAUGCGUGAAAACAAGUCCGCCCUAAAUUGAAGCUGGCUGCAAUUUUGACCACACACACAAAACACGGCUGGCCAUGUGGCGCGUUACCGUUACCAGGCUGAACUAGCUGACGACUUCAGCUCCGGGAUAAUGAGCGCAGCGGCAAAUGCGAGCGCUGCAGCCGCAGGAGCUCCAAUUCCAGUUGCAGUUGCAGCUGGAACGGUUGCGGAAAGCAGCGCCUUGCACUCGCUGGAUAGCUAUGAUGUGUUCUAUGAUGGCCAGGAGCAUGAUGAUACCAAAAGCAUCUCACAUUUGGAUUGGCCCUUUUUGAUUAAGGGCAUCCUGGAGAGCAGCCAGACAUGUGCACCGACCGCGCCCGAUACGCUGCCGGCGCUGUUGUGGGCCAUUAUUGCGGUGUUUGGGAUCGUUUAUGCCCUGCUGGGCUAUCGGUGCCUGCGCGCCGUUGGCUUCCUCAGCGGCCUGAUGGUUGGCGCCAAUGGCAUAUUCAUAUUGCAGGACUUUCAAAUAACCUGGCUGGGCAAGCCGGCCGACUCGGCGCUGGCCAUUGUUGCCGGCCUCCUCGGCGCCGUGCUCGGCUCCACAUAUCCCGUCGCCUCCGUUCUAAUCAGCGCCUUUGCCGGCGCCCUACUAUCGGGCGCUGCGAUGGCUGUCUGUGUCGCCACCAUGCCGGACAAUGAGUUUGGGUAUCGCGAGAUUUAUGUGGCCGUGGUGGGCGGCGCCGUCAUCUGUUCGGUGCUGACGCUCUGCUGCGUCAAAUAUGUGACCAUACUGACCUCCAGCAUUGUGGGCACGGCCAUGGUGAUUGGGGCGAUUGACUUUUUCAUGCACAGCCUGGAGACAAUUAACUGGAUACUCAAUAUGAAGCCGCAUCCGAUGCCGCCGCCCUGCUACGGCGGCCUCCUGAUCACCGCCUGGCCCGUCACCAUUGUGAUCAGCAUUAUGGUGCAGUGCUUCAUUACCGCCUGGCGGGUGGAUCAUCGCAAGCGCAUCUAUAUGCGGCACCAUCAACAGCAUCCGCAUGGCGCCCAUUUGGCGCACAACCAGCCGCCGGCGCCGGGCAAUCCGCAUGUGCCCAUGCGACGGGCGCAGUCGCGCACCCGGGAAACUCGCGAGGAGGCGCGACAGCGCAAAUUUCGCUAUCUAUAUCAGGUGCGCACCGCGCGCGGCGACAUCAUAUCCCAGAACUUCGUCUCGGCGCUGCAGAAGCGCAUCCAGUUGAGCGGCACGGAGACGCCGUCGGAGCGCUCGAUAAAGACGAGCUCCAAUGAGCGGAACACCUUCCGCAGCGAUCGCACCCACUUUACGACCAUCCACGAUCCGGAGCUGUGCGAUAAGAUUGAAAUCGUGCGCGACAUUGGAUAACAAACAAGCAAUAGCUACAUGUAACUAUAUCCGUAAGGGGGGCAGAGAGAGAGAGAGAGAGAGAGCUGGACAUGGGUCGGGGGCGAUUAUACUAGACUAGAGAGCUGGACACACACUUACGGUUAGGGUAGAGCAUGUAGCUAUUGGUUUGAGCAGUCGAAAUAAGCUGCAAACUGCAAAGAAGGGGAAGAUUCGUCAAAUAAAACGCAAGAUUCGUUAGAAGAAACGGUAGAUACGCCAGAAGAUACGGAAGAUUCGUCAAAUAAAACGGAAGAUUCGUCAGAAGAUACGGAAGAUUCGUUAAAGAACCGAAAGAUUCGUUAAAGAAGUGGAAGAUUCGUUAAAGAAGUGGAAGAUUCGUUAAAAAAAAACAAAAGAUUCGUCAAAGAAACGAAAGAUUCGUCAAAUGAAAGGGAAGAUUCGUUAAAGAAAUAAAAGAUUAAAUAAACGUAAAAUUCAUCAAAUAAAACAGAAGAUUCGUCAGAAGAAACGGAAGAUACGCCAGAAGAAAAGGAAGAUUCGCCAGAAGAAAUGGAAGAUUCGUCAGAAGAAACGGAAGAUUCGCCAGAAGAAGCGGAAAAUUCGUCAAAUAAAACAAAAGAUUUGUCAAAUAAAACGAAAGUUUCGUCAAAUAAAACGAAAGAUUCGUCAAAUAAAACAAAAGAUUUGUCAAAUAAAACGGAAGAUUCGUUAGAGGAUAAAGAACAAGCUUUAACUUGAUAAUUAUACGGAAUAUGGUAGAGAAAUUUUAAUGAAAUUCGGUUGGUUUCGGUUUACGCGUAAAGCUGAUAUUUCAAAAAUAUCUUAACUAAAUCCCUGGGAAUAAGCUUGAUAGAAGAAUAAAUAUGCAGAAAUGUAAACAAUAUAUAUAUACAUAUAUAGGAGCGCAGGGCUGGGCUGAAAAGUAAACGAUCUGGAGAAGUUUCAGUUGCCUUAUACUAGCUAAUAUUCAACUUUUACUUCACUUCUUCUUCA